GCGGAGAGGAAAUAAAGCGACAGACGCGCUUUGUGUCAUAACGUGCGCCGGCAAUGGAAGCUCACGGCGUUGGAUAUGUGGUUUUAACAGCGCGAGUCGAUAGCUCCGAACACCCUGCCGGCCGCCACCGUGCGAGGGUCGCAACACGAAGUUCGGAUCCCGGCGAACUUCGGUUGUUGGCGCUUGUGAUAUGGCGAGCUGCACAAGGAGUUUGUUGGCGUCAUCAUGAUGAUGCCGACAAACUCCUUGCGCAGCUCGCCAUAUCGCAAGCGCCAACAAGCGAAGUUCGCCGGGAUCCGAACUUCGUGUUGCGACCCUCGCACGGUGGCGGCUGGCAGGGUGUUCGGAGCUAUCGACUCGUGCGGGCAAGUGGGGGCGCCGUUGCAACUGCAAGCCCGAACUACAACAUGAUUGUUGGUGGAGACGCUUCCAACCCCACUGCGCAGCCAUGUGGUCCUGUCAUCUUCAUCGAUGACAGCAGAAGGCGUAGAGUGCUUGGUGCCGUCUUGCGGUGGGAGGACGCAAAGGGGGGCCGGCGACAUUUCUAUAUGCAGAAAGUUUAUGGCGCCAAGGGCAACGUCAUUGCAAAUUCGAAAGGGACGUUGUUGGACCUCGAAUUGUGUGAGGGGUUCGGAGCGGGUGCUGUGAACACCCCGUUCUACAGAGAACUCGUUCUCGGGGGCGGUUUUGUUUUGGCGCGUGAAUUUUUCGACAUGUUGGAGGACAAAAACAUCGCUCUAGACAUCCCCUGCGACAUCAACCCAUCCCUGGAGUUGUCGUUGCCAUUGAAGCUGUACAGCGGUUGCGAGUCAAGCGGGGCAGGGGCGGAGGGCGGUGAUCUGGGUUCUGGUCCCGCCACUCAGCUGCACCGUGGCGAGAGCCGAGGUCAGUUCGACGACAGCGAGGAUGAGGGGACUGCUCCGCCGUUGAGUGACACGCGGCGGUUUGUGUUGUCUAUUCCUGGGGUUCAGACUGAUGCUCCUGUUCAGCGGAAGAGUACGGGGCCUGCAGUACACGUGGCGGCCUAUUCGGAGGUCGACUUGGAGGCGAGCGAGGGACAGGGUGUGGAGGAGGUGGACGCGGGAGUCCUGGGCUCGCAAGGAGCUCCACAAAAGAGGAGGGUGGAUCGUCCAGACGAGUUCACCGGGACUCCCAUCGACGUCGACGCCGGGUACUUCCUCGAGUACGAAGACAGCGUUCGGACAAAGUGGGAGUUCGACAUUAGCCCUGCGCAGGUCGUCGAACUCGGGGACUGGGAGGACCUGUACAACCAGCGGUCCCUAGAUCCCGUGCUCGUGGAAGGGAUCAAGGAAGCGAUGCGGUUGGCGUUCGAAAACGAAGCGCAGUCUUACGAUUUACCAACCCUGAAACUGGCGCCGCUGAGGCUUGAUAAACCGACUCCGAGGACCAGGGCAGAACGUCUGAGACCGGAGGAUUGGAGGGAUGAGCUGGCGGGACAAUACUACUACUAUGCGGUGUAUGGGCAACACAACGCGGCUGCAGCGAGGUCGCUGCUCGACAACGAGGUGGCCAGGAAAUACAAUUUCGAGCGGUGGCCUGCACGAAUGGUCUACUUUUCGGACGACGACUUCGAAGGGUACUUCCUUGUCAGUUCCCAGGACAACAAGAAGGACCUGAAGGCGACCCAACGACAGCUGAAGCUCUCAAUGAGGGACGAUAGGUGGCAGUGGAAGCGCGCCGGUUGCCCGCGUGCUGUUAUGGGGAACCCCAUCGGAAAACAGGAUCAGGUCCGGAAGUGGCGUGAAUUCUGUAAUGUCGCACUCAACAUGACACCGCACAACAACUUGUGGAUUCUCGCAGAUCAGCAGGGCGAGGAGGCCAUCAGGAAAYAAGGCGCUKCCCUGCGUUCCUAUUUCCCRYUGGCGAUGGCRGGGGAGAACGUCURGAAACUGGYCGUCGAGUUUYUCGAGAAAUGGGAGACAGGCAGAUUGCUCGGACACGACGGCGCAAAGUGGAUCAUGCGGAAGAAGAAAGUCAAAAAUGUGAAGCCUGGGGUUGCAUACAUCCAUAAUGACAAGCUGGGCAGGAAGGAGGUCGUGUACAAUGUCCCUGUCGGCUCCCCAGCGUUGGCGAAGCUCGAAAAGUUGAGCGUCCAUGAGGUGGUGAAUUUGGUGAAGUGCGACCGGGUCCUGGUGCGUCUGUGGAACUACUACCAGUUCAAGCACGACAAAAGGCUGGACGCGGAUUGGAGCCAGAGGUUCCCGUUCCUGAAAUCAAGGUCUGCAAUUUUCAGACAGUUUGAGAGUCGUGGUUUGGAUGCUGAGUUGUGGGACGGGAGCACGAAAUACGUCACCGACUCCUCGCUGUUCAAGGACUGCCCGCCCUACAUGGGCUGCGACGACGACAGAUCGAUCGAGGCGACGGAGAAGCUGGCUCGUCACAAGAAGCUGUCCGUCGACUGGAGGAAUAAGGUCCUGUCCGUGUUGACUGGCAGUAGACUGAAGAGUCGAGAGAUCGCACUCGCCAAAGGCAUUGUGCACAUAAAAUGGAAUGACACGGGCGACGUGACAUCCAUCGCGCCAUUCGGCAAUGACCCCUUGGAGGCAGACAUAAGGAGUGCGGAGGUGAAGGAGGCAGUGGUUGCCACAAAGAGUCACACGUUCGUCCUCGAUCUGUGCGAACCGGUGGACCUGAAGCUUUGGAAACCGCAAGCGUUCGACACUCUGAAUUCCCAACUCCAGACGUGGUGUCCAUCGCAUUGGACGCUCGUUGUUUUUGUCCCGCGGCAGCAGAACCUCUCCUUUCUGGCCAGCAUGAACCAUCUUUCUUUCGUCAAGCUGCUGGAAGGGAAGUGGGUGAGGAGGAGUCAACAGAAGAAAAGCUUCCCCGUCGGGAAUAAUUUGUACACGGAAGACGACCGGAUGUACAUACUCUUUAAAGGCGACGAUUUGCGGGCCAACACGUUCGUCGUCUACGAUGGGAAACUGUCGGCAGGCGCCGCUGCUGCAGUGCGGGUACCACAGAAGGUUACGCAAACGGAUGUGUCCGACAUCCCAUUCAACGCUUGCGACUGGUCGCAUACCUCGCCUGCAUGUCGGGGCAUUGUGUACGGGGACAUGGAACGCAACCCCGCCCAAUUCGUUCAGCUUCUCGAAUCCAUCACCAAGAAGGGGGAGGGUGUCAUCUUCCUCGGGAAGCCACACGCGCGGUCAGUCUGGGAAGUACUGAAGGCAGGACGGCACGUCAUCGUGAUGGAAGGGAACUCCGAGCUCUUGCAAUUUACAAUUGAUCUCGUCAAAAGCGAGGUCAAUUCGGGUGCCCACAAUUGCGAGUUUAUGGUCGUCACCGAGACUCGGGCUCGCGCGUGGAACAACAAGACGGACAUGUGGUUCAAGUUGAGUGCGAGGAAGCGGAACAAGAUAUACGACUUCUUGUUCCUGCAAACGCGGCCGAAGAGAGACACCGACGCCGAGUACGUGCGCCGCAAGGACCACAUGUUCACGUUGCUCGACAACUACUACGGCGCCUCCCGCAUGAACGCGAAGACCUUCCUCGAGAGGUUGCAGUCCCUUUACUUCGUGGAGUCAGAGGAGGAGCUGACGUUCGGCAGUUACUCCUCCUUGAUCUCCACGGAAGACGAGGAGACCACCGGCAUCGAGUUCGACGCAACCGCGGACGAGGAGGGCAGUGACAGUGAAAGCCUCGACCUGCAGUACGACCAACAUUCUGCGCAGCACGGUACAGGGUCGUCCUUGGCAAGUCCGUCGACAAGCCCGGCGUCCCUCGUGUCACCGAUGGCGAAACCGGCGCCUGGCACUACCCCGAUGAAGUUGCUGCAGAGAAUGCAAGCUCUGGCCUCCGGCCAUCGCUCACUGCGGUCCCGGGGACCGGACGGUGGGGAGAACGAGGGCGACGAGGCUGGGGGCGGCAAACGAGUCUCGGGGCGACAACAAGAUGGUGACGAGGCUGAGGGCGGGUCUCAGGGCGACACCACGACCGCGGAAGGCAGCGGCGGGGUGGUGGGGGAGGCCCUCGGGCGUCAGCAGUCUACCAGUCCCAGUCCGGAAUGCUCGGCACAGUCGGAGGAUGUGCCCAGUUCAUCCACCUGCUCGGUGAUGGCGGCCUUGGUUGCUCUCUGUGCCGGCUCGGUCGAAACGUUCAAGUCCGUCGGGAUCCGAACUUCAAUGCUUGCAGAGCGGACAGAGAGGAUGGACGCGCAGAGCUGGUCAGGAGCGGGGGUGGCGAGUCCUCAUCCCAAAAUAGACAGCGGUGCGGUGAGGAACCGGACUUCGCCGCUUGUGGGGGAUCGCCAACCGCUUCGGUCGGAGCGAGAGGGUGCGUGUGGAGGGCCCGGUGAAAGGGAGACGGCGAAGUUCGUCGGGAUCCGAACUUCUCCAGGCAAGGAGUGUGGAGGGCCCGGCGACAUGGAGACGGCGAAGUUCGCCGGGAUCCAAACUUCUUCAGGCAAGGCGUGUGGAGGGCCCAGCGACAGGGAGUCGGCGAAGUUCGCCUUGGAUCCGAACAUCUUCAAGCAAGGGGGGCCAACCAGGGAUAUUGGUGCAGGCGGGAGGGGCUGCGUGCGGCGGGCGGGAAGCACAUUCAUCGGGAAUCGACACGGGUUCGGGCGAAGGGAGGAAUUGGAGGACGGAAGGGAUGAAGGGGAGGAAGAAGAGGAAGGAGAGGAAGGGGAAGAAACGGAGUUGGCUGGGUUGCUAGGAGGGCAGGAGGGGGGAAAAGGUGAACUCGAUACAGGAGACGACGAACGGACUUUCGGCGACGACGACGACAGAUCUGGGGAGUCUUCUGACAGAUUCGGGCAGCUGUACGGAGAACACCGCGAGGACGACGAGGACGACGAUGACACGGCACUGGGUAUGGAGACACAGAUGGUCACAAGCCUUUCGGCAGAACGUGAUGAUUAUGACGUCGAAGCAAUGACGUCUGCCGUCGAUCUCCAACACCGGUUCAAUGAAGCUCGUGUAGCAGUCAGCUUGAAUAAACCGAGUGUGCGUAUUGACAUCGAAGAAGUUAUCAACGGCAUCCUGGGCGACCACCAAAUGUCCGCGCAGCUGUACUCGACGCCUGGUGUCGACGACCCUCUCGACGUCAAACCUUCCGGGGGAUCUGUCGUCGAUUUCUCGCCGACAAGCUCUUCGAUGCUGCCGCCAACCAUCGCCAGUGUAGGAGAACGCGGGAUCGGGGGACGACAAGAUGUCACAUUUCCGAAAAAAAUUGCCGCCGGCACUCGAGCUCUCGACGUGCUGGCCUUGCCCGCGCCAACUUCGCCGAUUAAGGAGCGGAGAGACAAACCAGCUGGUAAGCAGUGACAAACGCCACUCUAUCUGCGCGCUAGUGACCGCAGUGUCUGUCAAUGCACACGA